AUGGGGGGCAAGAAGGGGAACCGUAAACGCGGGGCAUCAGCCUCUGCUGCAAGCGACGGCGACAGUGCUGCAGCAGAAACUGAACAGCAGCAGCAGCAGCAGCAGGAUGAGCAGCAGCAGCAGCCCCCAGAGGAGCAGCAGAAGGCGGAGCAGCAGCCUCAAGGACAGCAGCAGCCUCAGCAGAAGGAUCAGCAGAAACCUCAGCAGCAGCCUCAGCAGCAGGAGCAGCAGAAAGCUCAGCAGCAGCCUCAGCAGGAGUCUCAGCCACAGCAGCAGCAGCAGCAGCAGCAGCAGGAGGAAGCUGAAAAAGGUUUAUUAGGUAUUGGUUUAAAGAAAGCGUACAGUGUAGAGACAGAUGUAUUUAAAGAAGAAAAAGAAAAGCAUGAAGAAGAAGAAGAAGAAGAGAACGAAAGAAAAGAGGGUGCAGACGCAGUUGAGAUCGUCAAACAAAUGAGACAAAGAGAAGAGCAACUCAAAUUAAAACAAAAAGAAGAAGAAGAAAAACAAAAGAAAUUAAAAGAAGAAGAAGAAGAAGAAAGAAAGAGAAAACAAAAAGAAGAAGAAGAAAGACAGAAGAAAUUAAAAGAAGAAGAAGAAGAAAGACAGAAGAAGUUAAAAGAAGAAGAAGAAAGAAAGUUAAAAGAAGAAGAAGAAAGACAGAAAAAAGAAGAAGAAGAAAGACAGAAAAAAGAGGAAGAAGAAAAAAGACAAAAGAAAUUAAAAGAAGAAGAAGAAAGAAAGAGAGAAGAAGAAGAAAGAAAGAGACAAGAAGAAGAAGAAAGAAAGAGAAGAGAAGAAGAAGAAAAACAAAAGAAACAAAAAGAAGAAGAAGAAGAAAAACAAAGAAAGUUAAAAGAAGAAGAAGAAAGAAAACAAAGAGAAGAAGAAGAAAGACAGAAGAAAUUAAAAGAAGACGAAAACAAAGCCAGCGAAAAAUCAGAUGAUGCUGCUGCUGCUGCUGCUGCUGCUGCUACUGAUACAGCAGCAGCAGCAGCAGCACCAGAGGCAGCAACAGCACCAACAAUAGUAGUGAAGCAUGCAGAAGAUACUCGAAAGGCUUUUGAAGCAGCACUGCGUAUGCUGCGAGGAGAAGAUGAUGGUGCAGCAGCAGCAGCAGCAGCAGCAGCAGCAGAAGAGACAGAUGAAGAAGAAGAAGAAGAAGAAGAAGAAAUAUCUCUUCUUAAACAGCUUAAACCUGAACAAAAAAUCCUCGUAGGCAAACUUCAAGAGCUCGAUGAAGAAGCAAACAAAAUACAAAAACAAUUAGAAGAAGAAAUACAGCUCCUCAAGUAUCAGUACGAAAAGCGCUUGCAGCCGCUAUAUAGAGAGCGAGCGCAGCUGCUGUCUGAACCCCCGAAGCAGCAAGCAGCAGAAGCAGCAACAGCAGCAGCAGCAGCAGCAGCAGGGGCCCCUCCAUCCGCCUUAGCAGGGGUAUCUGGAUCAGGUUCAAUGAAUAUUAUCAACAGCAGCAGCAACGAAACCAACAGCAGCAGCAGCAGCAGCAGCAGCAGCAGCAGUUACAGUGUCGGUUGA